CGACCAUUACGGUAAAUGGGACUCGUUCUCAGAAAUUUUGCGAAUAUCGCUGUCAGAUGGAUCAGCAGAUGCCGGGAACUGCAACGACAAAACCAAAACAAAACGCUCUUGUACCCGCGUAUUCACGAAGCUGCUCGCGACGGUGUAAUAAAUAAACAGAAUCCGAGGAAUUUUGCCACCACUUACAGAGACAGGAUGUUUUCACAAGGAUCCGGAAAACCCAGAACCUAUCCAACAACGUUGGAAGGGUUCGGAUAUGGGUUCAAUGAUGAAGGAAAGCUGAAGAAAAUUGACGCGGAAACUGGCAAACUAACGGAUAAGAGCUUCGAUUUCAACAUUUACACAUCUGCUCAGGAAAAUCAGGCUCACUACGAAGCGCUGGGGGAAACUAUUACCGAUGCCAUUUAUGAAAGAUUGGAGAAUAUUGUCGGUAUGAAGAAGAUUUACAUGCCGGAUGAUAUACCACCAGAGGAGGCGACUUUUAUUUACAGCACUCAGGAGAAAUUAGCAAAACCGAAGAAAUUGUUGGUGCUGAUACAUGGUAGUGGGGUUGUUCGGGCUGGACAGUGGUCUAGGAGUCUUAUUAUCAACCAUUGUCUGGACUCCGGAACGCAAAUCCCCUACAUCAACAAGGGUCGAGAUUUGGGUUAUGAAGUCCUAUUGACCAACACGAACGACAACUACCGGAAGGUAGGCUCCUCCUCCAAGGGAAUCAAGGGUAGUCGAAAUCCUACGGAACACGCUGUGUCCGUGUUCGAAAAGCACGUGAUAGCCACCGAUCCGGAAGCAGUUGCCAUCGUGGCCCACAGCUAUGGUGGUGUCGUUACAGUGGAGCUGGCACAAAAGUUCCCGCAAUUCUUCAAGGAAAAAGUGUUUGCCGUUGGUUUCACCGACAGUGUUCACUCGUCUUCGCUCGUACCCGAAGUGUUGAUUGGGAUCGGCCGCAACUGGGUAACCUCGAAAGAGCCACUCGACACGACGCUUACAAUUUCCAAGCACGACCUACCGCGGUACUCAGCAGGUCAUAUAAAGCACGAGAUGACAUCCUACUCCUGCAUGGAUGCUCUGUUCAAAUUUUUCGAGGAACGAUACGAGCAGUUCAAAGUGAAAGACGCCGGGCCGGAUUCCAAGAAACUCAAAAGCGAUCUAUAAUCUACAAUGUUAUUUCUCCUGCCACGUUUACGAACAAUUCUUGUAAGAGAACGAGCUGUUUGAAACUUCUUAUUGUGCGAAUAAAAUUAAGUCCAAGAAAGUGACA